AGAAGGCAAUAAAGAGUAUGAUCUGUCAUUAGAUCCUUGUAGGGAAACAGAGCAAAUAAGACAAGUAGUUUGUGAUUCAAAAAUAGUAUGGAAAUAAGCAAAGUUGAAAGAAGCUCAGUCUGAAGCAACAAGAUUGUUUACAAGAGCACUCACCAGUGUAACAGGUUCCCGUUGGUAGCAGUUGAGGGCUGUCGUGCUGGAGAUUUAAGAGCAGGUUAGAUGAGCUGUUUGUGGGAGUCAGGAUUAGAUGCCUUGGGAACUGGUAAUAGGAUAUGAAGCCUUUCGUCCCUAGGUCAGUGUUUUGGAUAAGGUCCAGCGCAGCAGAGACUGUCAAUGGCAUCUGUAUGAUAUGAGUACUUGAAUUUCACUUGGUUCCUUGUGAGAAAGCAAGAGCUACUUCUGUGAAAUGGCUGUUUACGCCAGUUUGCCCUUUCUUUGGCCUUCUCUCAGAUGAAGGAUUAAAGGGACCAUGAGUACAAUCUCUUACCUCAUCUCUUUGAGGAGAGUAACCCCAGACUUUUGUUGAUGUGGCACUGUGGGACAAGCUUACACUGCUGCUGCUGUCUAGGUGAUGGCAAGUGUGUGAUCUGUGACUCCUACGUGCGGCCCUGCACCCUGGUGCGCAUAUGUGACGAGUGUAACUAUGGCUCGUACCAAGGGCGCUGUGUGAUCUGCGGAGGACCAGGAGUGUCUGAUGCCUACUACUGCAAGGAGUGCACCAUCCAGGAAAAAGAUAGAGAUGGUUGCCCAAAGAUCGUCAACCUGGGCAGUUCCAAGACAGAUCUCUUCUAUGAAAGGAAAAAAUAUGGCUUCAAGAAGAGGUGAUCCUACGGCUAUGCCUCCUGUCGGGUUGGCAAGAGGGUCUUGGAACAUCUCUGGACUUCACAAGUAUUGAAAAAUAUUGAAAAUAUUGAUUAUUUUUCUAUAGAGCAGUACAAAUUCAGUGGUAUACUUGGGGUUGGAGAAGUAACAGACUGAGUGGGGACUGAAACCUGGUCAGAACUGGCUAUCAGAAAGAACAAGUGAGGAUUACUGUCUCUUGCCUUUCCAGAAGCUCUGCUAGUAGCUGCCCCAGCUCGCUAUAAAAAUCCUGGUGGGCAAGUAUUUACACAUGAAGGAUACCAGCUCAGUAAAAAGCAAGUGCCAUUUGUGGUGUGGGGAAACACCUUGGGGUUGUUCUUACCAGGCCUCCUCUCAAUUGUUGGAAAUCACCCCAUGCAUCAGUUCUAAACAACAGAGCAUCCAGCCCAUGUGUCUGCUCCCCCUCCUCCAGUAUAUUUCCAUGCUGCCCUGUUUUGUAAGGAACCUGCUUGUGGCUGGUGCUUUCCUAGGGAGAGCACAGCUGUUCCAUGUUUGCUUUGACAGAUUAAUCCAAGGCCUUUUCUUGUAACCAUUUUUGUAGGAUGCAUACCAAUAAAGCUUCUUCUUUUUGGUUUUA